UGGAGUGACAGCUAAACCCUCGUAUACUUGUCGUUUUAAAAACAACCAUAAUUACUAUUCUACGAUAAAAAAACACUCACAAUAUAUUUCUUUAAGUAGAUUAAAAUUCGGUAUAAAACCAUCGUUGGCAUCCGAGCCACAUCAGCUGAUUGAGAGACACGGAAAGAAGAAAGGCUCAUUGGUACCUAGAAACACAUCUGCCUGUUUGAUAGACCUGGGCUUGGGGUACAAUGAAGUUCCUAACACCUGAGCAGAAGAAAUUCUACGAUGACAAUGGCUAUGUCGUCAUCGAUGUCCUGACCAAAGAGCAGACAGAUGAACUGAGUCGGGAUUAUGAUGACAUCUUUAAGCGAAAGGCCGAUUCUAAUUUGGAGGCCACGUGGCAGGGCGACUGGAAUAAGAAAGCAGGCACGACGCAAGUACAGUCAAUACACGGACUUCAGAUGCACUCUGCGGCCUUUUCACGCUUGUUACUCCACGAGAAGAUGCUUGAUGCUUGUGAAGACGUAAUGAACACGUCGGAUAUUCUCUUACACCACACCAAAGCGCACUUGAAGCCCCCUGGCACUGGCUCUCCAUUUCCCAUGCAUCAGGACUACCACUACUUCCCCUUUAAGAACGACUCAAUGAUAGCCGUCUUCGUGAGCUUGGAUGACGCCGACCCCCAGAACGGAGGGCUGUGCGUGUACCCGGGUUCGCACAAGCUUGGACCUCAGGAAGACUGCAGUAAUGUCCCUGGGUGGCACUACCUUAGCCAGGAAAAGUUCCCCAUAGACAAGGCAACACCACUUACCCUAAAGAGAGGACAGGUGGUCAUUUUCUCGUACCUGCUCAUUCACGGUUCGUAUGACAACACCAGUGACAGGGUUCGCCGCAUGUUUCUCAUCCAGCUGAUGGCGGCCGAUGAUACACCCAUGGCCGAUAUGCAUAAAUCAGCGUGCCAGAAGAUGGUGUUGCGAGGGAAGUGCUUGUGGCGGCUCGCGGAUGUCACAAAACGCUUUGAGGACUAGAGCAUCGAGACAGAAGAACAGGAAGAUGUGGUGUCUGUAUUCAGUGUGUGGUUAUUUGUGUUUUGUACACUGAUGGAGAAGGCUUAGUUGUGCAAAAGUUUAUUUUACUGUUAUUAUUUUUAGUAUUUUACUUUUUUAUCGUAUGUUAUAUGUCACAAUUUUUUUUAUAGGAAACCUGAAGAUGGAUAUGGUAUUAUAAAUUGAACUGUAAUUCAUUUUACUGUAUGUACAUAAGGUACAUAUAAUUGGAACACAUUUUUUAUGGUUAGCCUUAACCAUUCAACCUCUUUCUAGCAAUUACAUUAUCAUCCCGUCCAGUCUAUUUUCCAUUCCACAAAAUAAGCCUGUAAUUGUUAACAGUAAUAAUAGAUUCUGAUAGGGUUCUCAGCAUAAAUUUGUACCUUAAAAAACACAGUUGGAUGCAGAUUUUAUGUAGUCACCCUUAAAAUUCUUAACUCAACCAUAAAUUUAGGGGCAGUCUAGGGAUCUAUGCAUCGGACUCUCCCUGGACCUGCAACACCCCUGGUCCAGGGCAGAACGGAAGGUGGUUGACAGCUAUGGCAGAAUCUGGGUAUACCUACCUUCUGGCACAGUCGUCGGGGGAAUCUCAGGUUCAGGGAGACCGUAUAAAGACUGAUUUCCCAUACUGCCUUUGAUAUAGGUUCAAGAAGGUAGAAACAGCCAUGUGCUCAUAUGUGUGAUUUGAACCAGCCUGGGAGUUUGACCAGAAGUGUUUAUGUGGCCAGUCUGUCUGUCACAAUAGGGUUACUAGUGCAAUUGUUUUAUAUAACUUUUUGGCCAUUUGUGCAUGUAGUAGGUGCAUAGCCUUUUAUCUUUCUUUUUUUUUAUAGAGACAAGGAAAUUUACUUUCCUUGAUGUCAUAACUAACUGUAUCCUAAAGUGAGAGAUUCUUAAUAACUACCAAAAGGUUGCAAUAACAUUGUAUUGUAGAUUUUUAAACACAGUUUGAGAUAGAAGUUGUUUCACUGGACAAGAAUCACAAAAGUACAAGUACACAAUUUUGUGCCAUAUUAUUAUUAUGGCAUUAUUAUAUGCAUUAUAAACCUUUUACUAACAUUAUAUCAUAUAUAGGGAAAGAUUUUAUAUAAGAUUUGUGCAAUAUACAGGUUUAACUAACCCAGUGGUGCUAGUAGUGCAUUUAUACAUGCUACUACUAACAUAUUAUAUGACUAACCUUUGAUUCCUGUAUGAUUUUCACACAUAAAUAAUAUGUUUAUACCAGAAUGGAAACAAGAAUAGAGAAGUAAUGAGUGUAUGCCACUAUGUAUACUAGCAAUAUUAUAAUGUUUGAAUAUGUGUAGUUUUGUGGUGAAUAUUACAAGGAUUUAUAAGUUAUUUGAUUGUAUUCAUUUCAAAUAAUUGUAUAAUGAUUGGGAAAAAAAUACCCUGUCAUUUGAAAAAGGUUGUAAAUUAUUUGAAAAUAAGCAGAAUAAGUAAAAAAAUGGAAGAAGAAAGCAAAGUACAAAUAAAUUAACAGGAAACCCAAAGAAUUUUUAAUAAUUUGGGAUAUAGAGUAGAUUCUUUUAUUAGAGAAUAUAUAAGAAGUAAAACUAUCCAUGCAGUUAAGAAAUCUAGCCAUCCUGUUCAUGUACAAAUGUAUGACUUAAAUGUAUUUUGUUGCAGCUAUCAUGUUAAUAUUGGUUAUAAUCUUUUGGGAUUUUUUUUUUGUUUUGUUACAGUAGUUUGUCCCACUUGCUGGUGCUGUUCUGUUGAAUUUUGUAUUGAGAUUUUAUGUUUUAUGAACAAACAAAGGAGAAACU